GAGAGCGAGGUGCUUAUCGGUGCUGCGGGAGGGUGGAGCAUGUUAGUAAUUCCUUCAGUCACCUGUAACUCCUGCUGUCAGACCAUGGACUACAUGCAGAAGACAACACACAGCAGCUGUGGCCCUGACAGUAGCCACUGCCAACUAAAGUUGGUCAACUUCGAAGCUCAUGACAACCACAUUUCUCAUGAGACACAGGGGCUCAGCCAAAAGCACCUGGUGGUGCGACGAGGGAAACCAUUCAAAGUUACUCUGCUGUUUCGUGGCUCGUGGAAUCCUCGCACAGAGAGCCUGGUCCUGGAGGUCUGGCUAGGUGAUCUGUCAGAGAGCAUCCCAGUUCAGUUCUCUAAAGAGGGAUCUGACCCCAAACGCUGGUCAGCCAAAAUCUACCCAAGCGAAGUGCAUCCUAAGUCAGUCACCAUCCACAUCUGCUCCCCCGUUCAGUCCUCAGUGGCUGUCUAUCACCUCUUCAUCCACAUAGAGACCAUACAGACCAGACAGAGCUAUAAGAUGGGAGCAUUUGUGCUUCUCUGCAACCCUUGGCUGAAAGAUGAUCCAGUUUACAUGCCACUGGAUGCCCAAAUACAAGAGUAUAUCAAGAGUGAUUACGGGCUGGUGUACAUGGGCACUCAUCUAAACAUAACUAGGCGGCCCUGGUCGUUUGGUCAGUAUGAGCCUGGGGUCCUCGACGCAUGUCUGACACUCCUGCAGGUCAGCCCACAGCAUCUCAAGGACAAAAACAAAGACUACAUUCUAAGAUCAAACCCUGUCUACCUCAGCAGGGUGAUCUGUGCUAUGGUGAACUGUAACGAUGACCUAGGUAUCCUGGAGGGGAAGUGGCACGGCAGCUAUAAAGGUGGUGUCAAGCCUACAGAGUGGAGCGGCAGCGCUGACAUCCUUCACCACUGGGUCUCGUCCAACUGCAGCCCCGUGCGCUACGGACAGUGCUGGGUCUUUGCAUCUGUCCUCUGCACAGUGAUGAGAGUGCUGGGGAUUCCCUCCAGGGUGGUGACAGCUUUUAACUCAGCCCAUGACAGCAAUGGCAACCUGAAAAUUGAAGAAUAUUACUCGAGCCAAGGGGAAAAGCUCAGCCUGUCAAAGGACAGCAUUUGGAACUUCCAUGUGUGGGUGGAGUGCUGGAUGAGGAGACCAGACCUUGGUGCAGGCUUUGAUGGCUGGCAGGUAGUGGACCCAACCCCCCAGGAGAAGAGCGCAGGGAUAUUCUGCUGUGGCCCUUGCCCGGUAGUCGCCAUCCAGCGAUGUUGCCUUGGCGCCCUUUAUGACACGUCUUUUGUCUACGCCUCUGUUGAUGCUGACGUCAUACGGCUGAUCGUGCGUGACGGACUCGUGGUGGGGAGGAAGGUGGACACUGAGUGGGUGGGAAAGCUGAUCUACACCAAGAGCAUCGGCUCAGACACACCACAGGAUCUGACACAGACUUAUAAGACCAAGAGAAGGGGGCAGCCAGUAGACACUGUCGGACGCUCAGCAUGGAGAGGGGGUCAACUUGCAGCCGAUGUGACAGUGAACAAGCAGAGUGGGUUUACGUCACAUUAUGUUCAGCAGUCCACGCGAGUGUUACUUGGAGCACCAAUGUGUACUUCCACACAGUCUGCCUUGCACUCCACUCCAGCAGUGGGUGGAGCAGGAGGAACGUCACCCACUCUGGAGGUGUCCCUAAAUAUGGACGGGGUGCCAUCUGUGGGUGAGAGCAUCGCCAUGUGUGUGACGGUCACAAACCUGUCGAGCAGCCCCAGGAUCCUGAUGGAACACCUCAAUGCUCAGGUGAAGGAGUACAACAGCAACCCACAGGAGAGCUUCUGGAAAACACACAAAGAAGUGCGCAUACAGCCGGGUGAAGUUGUGAUGCUGCACCACACUAUCCCUCCCUCUGAGUACGAGUCGGUCCUGGUAGGUGAUGACAUUGUGAACGUGGCAGUGGUGAUAAAGGACAUGAUAACCAAAGAAAGGGUCCUGGCUUUGCAGGAGUUCAACAUAAAAUCACCACAGAUAACCAUAGAGAUUGAAGGAGGGGACAGCAUCCAGAUGACAAAGGAGCACACAGCUCAGGUGUCCUUCAUCAACACAUUUACCAAAUCUCUGAGAGGAGCUGUGCUGACUGUUGAGGGAUCUGGAUUGUUACAGGGCAAACAUGAAGCCAGACUGGUUCUCCUGCAGCCCGGAGUGAAGAUAGAGAAGACGGUGUCCAUCAUGGCCACAUCACCUGGCACCAAACUGCUGAUGGCCACGUUCUCCCACAGCCAAAGCCCCAGCAUCGUUUCCAGGAGCUUCCACAAAGUCUCUGUCGCGACUGCAUGACACUGAAGAGUCCAUCCUCUGAAAAAGUUUAAUAAUGACAAAAUCAUUUCUUUGCACUGAUACAUGCAGGAAGUAUGCUUUUUAUUCUUUCAAUAUUGUAUAUUGAUAUCUGUUUUAGCGAAGACAUCUCAGGCAAAGAUAAAAUAUUUUCAUUUCUCAGUAAAAUGUACGCAGACAGUCUCUAUUUAAUGAUCCAUUCUGCAUAAUUAAUAAUAAUAACAGGAAGAAAUACUUUAUUAUUAAAGAUUACAUUUUUUCAUUCUAUUGUCAUAUACACACAAACCCAAAAUACACACACAUGCACAAACAGGACCUUUACAUGCAUUAAAUGGAGAGAUGUCAGAGUGAGGGGGCUGCCUUGAGCAAUUGGGGGUUCAAUGCCUUGCUCGAGGGCACCUCGGCAGUGCGCAGGAGGCAAACUGGCACCUCUCCAGCUACCAGUCUACACCCCAUAUUUGGUCCGACGGGGACUUGAGCCCCGACCAUCCGGUUUCCAACCCAAGUACCCCCCUUCGACUGAGCUACUGCUGCCCCUUAUGAUCAUAUCAUAUUUCUGCAUUUUACUGUAUGUGAUAAUUUAUUUCUUAAAAAACUGAAUACAAGAUAAUACUUAUACAUAUACAAAAACGUAAAGUACAUGAUUGUAAUAUGGUAUGAUUUUUUUUUUUAAAUCUAAUUUUCUUGGAGAUACAAAUAUCUUCAUGACUACUGAGUAAAGUCUAUCGGCAAUAAAGACUGAGAUUAAGCUGAAAGCUCUGGGAAAAAAAACAGUAAGUGGACCUUGUG